AGCUUUGCUCCUAUGGCCUACAGCACUGCGUUACCCAACCAGACUUGCAAGACCAAAAGAGCCCCAUAAAAGAGCCUCAGCUGGACAGUAGGCAAAAUAAUGGCCACACACACCUGGCAAGUGUGGGCCAUCUACAUGGUCUUAGCUCCAAGCCUCUCUGAAGAACAAGUGCUGAAGCAGGCUUGUCCUUCAUGUGAUGCCACUCAGCUUUGCAACUGCUCUUUCAUGGGCUUGGAUUUCAUUCCGCCAGGGCUCACGGGCAAAAUCACAACAUUAAACCUGGCCCAUAACAGGAUACAGCACAUCCGAUCCCAAGACCUGCAGCAGGCUGUGAACCUGAGAGCCUUGCUGCUGCAGUCCAACAAAAUCAGCUCAAUAGACAAGGAUUCAUUUUGGUCCCUUGGGAAACUGGAGCUCUUGGACUUAUCAAAUAACAGCUUGGCUCACCUGUCCCCUGAGUGGUUUGAGCACCUCUUUUCACUUCAGCACCUCCACCUUCAGGAGAACUCCUACAGAGACCUGGGCGAAAGCUCCCCCUUUUCAAGCCUGAGGAACCUCAGCUCUCUCCACCUGGGCAACCCGUGGUUCUCCACGAUAAGGCAAGGGAACUUUGAGGGCAUUGAGCUUCUCGACAAGUUGUGGAUUGAUGGUGGCGGACUCAGGCAGUACAAGCCAGGAAGUUUGAAAUCAAUUAAGAAGAUAAACCACAUGAUCAUAAACCUAAAAAAUACUAGUUUAUUCUCAGCAAUUGUCAGGGACCUUCUGUACUCUGUCAUUUGGUUAGAAGUGAGAAAACUAGCAUUCAGUAUACUCUCUGAAAUACAACUACUGAGAGUCAUGUCUUCUUCAUUUGCUAAGAAAAUUUCUUUUAAACAGACCUUAUUCACAGAUGCUACUGUGCCUGAGAUUAUCAGCAUUUUAGAAGACAUGCCAAAAUUAGUGGAGGUGGAGAUGAUAGACUGCAGACUCUCGGGAACUGGACAAUGGCAAAUGCGAAUUCAAGCAAACCAAUCACAGACUCUUAGAGUUCUGACAAUAGAGAAAUUAUUUAUAGAAAAAUUUUAUUUGUUUACAGAUCUUCAUGCUGUGCAUGGCCUACUAUCACUUCUUACCAAAGUCACAGUUGAAAACACCAAGGUCUUUUUAGUACCAUGCAGUGUUUCACAAUAUCUUCUGUCAUUAGAGUAUCUUGAUCUUAGUGCAAAUUUGCUUGGAGACCAGAGUUUGGAGCACUCAGCCUGUCCGGGUGCUUGGCCCUCACUACAAACUCUAAAUUUAAGUCAGAAUUCACUGAGUGACUUAGAAAUGACAGGUAAAAGUUUGUCUCAUCUACGAAAUCUAAUUCUCUUAGACAUUAGCCAAAAUAAUUUUGGUGAUAUUCCAGAUGUGUGUGAAUGGCCAAAACCCCUGAAAUAUCUAAACCUCUCCAGCACUCAAAUUCCUAAGCUAACAACGUGCAUUCCUCCAACGCUGGAAGUUUUGGAUGUUAGUGCUAACAACCUGAAGGAGUUUGGACUGCAACUCCCGUUUCUCAAAGAGCUGUACCUCGCAAAAAACCAUUUGAAGACCCUGCCUGGUGCCGCACCCAUUCCUAACUUAGUGGCCAUGUCAGUCAGAAGAAACAAGCUCAACGGUUUCUCCAGAGAAGAGUUUGAGUCCUUCAGGAAAAUGGAGCUGCUGGAUGCCAGUGACAACAACUUCAUCUGCUCCUGUGAAUUCCUCUCCUUCAUCCACCACCAGGCUGGGAUAGCCCAGGUGCUGGUGGGGUGGCCAGACAAGUACAUCUGUGACUCUCCCCUGGCAGUGCGAGGGGUGCAGGUUGGAGCUGUGCACUUGUCCCUGAUGGAGUGCCACAGGUCCCUCAUGGUGUCCUUGCUCUGCACCCUGGUGGUCCUGGUCAUGCUCAUCCUCGUGGCCAUCGGCUACAAGUACCACGCGGUCUGGUACCUGAGAAUGACCUGGGCGUGGCUCCAAGCCAAGUGGAAGCCCAAGCGAGUCCCCCUGAAGGACAUCUGCUACGAUGCUUUUGUCUCCUACAGCGAGCAUGACUCUGACUGGGUGGAAAACAUAAUGGUGCGGGAGCUGGAGCAGGCCUGCCCCCCGUUUCGGCUCUGCCUCCAUAAGCGGGACUUUGUGCCCGGGAAGUGGAUUGUGGACAACAUCAUUGACUCCAUAGAGAAGAGCCACAAAACGCUCUUUGUGCUGUCUGAGCACUUUGUGCAGAGCGAGUGGUGCAAAUAUGAGCUGGACUUCUCACACUUCCGUCUCUUUGACGAGAACAACGAUGCAGCAAUUCUCGUCCUCCUGGAGCCCAUCCAGAGCAAAGCGAUUCCCAAGAGGUUCUGCAAGCUGCGGAAGAUCAUGAACACAAAGACCUACCUGGAGUGGCCUCUUGAAGAAGAGCAGCAGGAGAUGUUUUGGUUCAAUUUGAAAAUAGCUCUAAAAUCCUAGACAGGGAC